GUCGCGCAGGAAGCGCAGCUGGGGCGGACGGGGCUCCGCGGCCUCCCGCCGGGGGCUCAGCGGGGAGUCACGGCUUUGAAAGGGGCGAAGAGGAAAAAUAAGUAGCUCGCCCAACUCCGCCGCACCCUGAGCCCCUGGGUUUGCUUCGCCACCGCAGGGAGCGUGAGAAGACGAGACCCAAGUGCCGCCUCUCCCAGCCACGGGCGGGCUAGCGAGGGACGGCCCGGGCGCGGCCCCGCGCCUAGCGAAGUUGCCUUCGGCUGCGGACCGGUGCCACCCGCCUCACUUUGCCGGGGUUGUUUUCUCCACUUGGCUUUGGAUAGAAAAGACUUCGCUAUCUCCGCACCCUGAAAGUUGCCCGAGCGCUCCCCGCGGCGAGGAGGAGGGCGGCGCGCCCCGCGCCUCCCCGGGGCCGAGGCCGGUGGGCCCGGCUGGGCUGCAGCGGGCGGUGAUGAUGAGCGGCUGGGGGAAGCUCACCCUGUCCCUGGGGCUGCUGCUGGCGAUGGCGGGCGCGGUGGCGCCGCAGCCGUGCCCGGCGCAGUGCUCCUGCUCGGGGAGCACCGUGGACUGUCACGGGCUGGCGCUGCGCGGCGUCCCGAGGAACAUCCCCCGCAACACCGAGAGGCUGGAUCUUAAUGGAAAUAACAUCACGAGAAUCACGAAGACUGACUUUGCUGGUCUAAGGCACCUUCGAGUUCUUCAGCUCAUGGAGAACAAGAUUAGUGCUAUUGAGAGAGGAGCAUUCCAGGAUUUAAAAGAACUGGAGAGGCUGCGCCUAAACAGAAAUAACCUCCAGUUGCUUUCUGAGCUGCUCUUUCUGGGGACGCCAAAGUUAUACAGGCUUGAUCUUAGUGAAAAUCAGAUUCAAGCAAUACCAAGGAAGGCAUUCCGAGGAGCAGUAGACAUAAAAAAUCUGCAACUGGAUUACAACCAGAUCAGCUGUAUUGAAGAUGGGGCGUUUAGGGCUCUGCGUGACCUGGAAGUGCUCACUCUCAACAAUAACAACAUCACUCGACUAUCCGUGGCAAGUUUCAACCAUAUGCCCAAACUCAGAACAUUCCGCCUCCACUCCAACAACCUGUACUGCGACUGCCACCUGGCCUGGCUGUCGGACUGGCUGCGGCAGCGCCCACGGGUGGGGCUCUACACGCAGUGCAUGGGGCCCUCACACCUCCGUGGGCACAACGUGGCCGAGGUGCAGAAGCGGGAGUUUGUCUGCAGCGGUCACCAGUCCUUUAUGGCUCCAUCCUGUAGUGUCUUGCACUGCCCUGCUGCCUGCACUUGUAGUAACAACAUUGUGGACUGCCGUGGGAAAGGCCUUACUGAGAUCCCAACAAACCUUCCAGAAACCAUCACUGAAAUACGGUUAGAACAAAAUUCAAUCAAGAUCAUACCUCCUGGAGCUUUCUCUCCGUAUAAAAAGCUUCGAAGAAUUGACCUGAGCAAUAACCAGAUCUCUGAAGCAGCUCCAGAUGCUUUCCAGGGCUUACGUUCACUCAAUUCACUGGUCCUCUAUGGCAAUAAAAUCACGGAACUUCCAAAGGGCCUAUUUGAAGGACUCUUUUCUCUGCAACUGCUGUUAUUGAAUGCCAACAAGAUCAAUUGUCUGCGAGUUGAUGCAUUUCAAGAUCUGCACAACUUGAAUCUUCUUUCUUUGUAUGACAACAAGCUUCAGACCAUUGCAAAAGGCACCUUCUCACCCCUCCGUGCGAUUCAGACCUUGCAUUUGGCUCAGAACCCAUUUAUCUGUGACUGCCAUCUGAAGUGGCUGGCGGAUUAUCUUCACACAAACCCCAUUGAGACCAGUGGUGCCCGUUGCACCAGCCCCCGCCGUCUGGCAAACAAAAGGAUCGGCCAGAUCAAAAGCAAGAAAUUCCGCUGCUCAGCUAAAGAACAGUAUUUCAUUCCAGGAGUUCACCAUUUUGGCUGCACUGAAGAUUACAGGUCCAAAUUAAGUGGAGACUGCUUUGCAGAUUUGGCUUGCCCUGAGAAAUGUCGCUGUGAAGGGACCACGGUGGACUGCUCCAAUCAGAAACUCAACAAAAUUCCUGAUCACAUUCCCCAGUACACAGCAGAGUUGCGACUAAAUAACAAUGAAUUUUCAGUCCUGGAAGCUACUGGAAUCUUUAAGAAACUUCCUCAGCUGCGUAAAAUAAACCUGAGCAAUAACAAGAUUACAGAUAUAGAAGAAGGAGCAUUUGAUGGAGCCUCUGGUGUGAAUGAGCUAUUGCUCACAAGCAACCGCUUGGAAAGUGUUCAACACAAAAUGUUCAAAGGACUAGAAAGUCUCAAAACACUGAUGCUGAGGAGCAACAGGGUGAGCUGUGUGGGAAAUGACAGCUUCACCGGGCUGAGCUCUGUCCGCCUGCUCUCUCUGUAUGACAACCAGAUCACCACCGUGGCGCCCGGCUCCUUCGACACGCUGCAUUCUCUCUCCACGCUAAACCUCUUGGCCAAUCCCUUCAACUGCAACUGCCAUCUUGCAUGGCUUGGAGAUUGGCUCAGGAAGAAACGCAUUGUGACGGGGAACCCUCGCUGCCAAAAACCUUACUUUCUCAAAGAGAUUCCUAUCCAGGAUGUGGCAAUUCAGGAUUUUACAUGUGAUGAUGGAAAUGAUGACAAUAGCUGCUCUCCCCUGGCCCGCUGCCCUGCAGAAUGUACUUGUCUGGACACAGUAGUUCGCUGCAGCAACAAAGGUCUAAAAGCUUUGCCUAAAGGCAUCCCAAAAGAUGUAACUGAACUUUAUUUGGAUGGAAAUCAGUUUACCCUUGUUCCAAAAGAGCUUUCCAACUACAAGCAUUUGACACUCAUAGAUUUAAGUAACAACAGAAUCAGCACUCUUUCUAAUCAGAGCUUCAGCAACAUGACUCAGCUGCUCACCUUAAUUCUUAGUUACAACCGCCUAAGAUGUAUUCCUGCACGGACUUUUGAUGGGUUGAAAUCACUUAGGUUGUUGUCUUUACAUGGCAAUGAUAUUUCUGUUGUUCCUGAAGGAGCCUUUAAUGAUCUUUCAGCAUUAUCACAUCUGGCUAUUGGAGCAAAUCCUCUUUAUUGUGAUUGUAAUAUGCAGUGGCUAUCUGACUGGGUAAAAUCAGAAUACAAAGAACCCGGUAUUGCACGUUGUGCUGGUCCUGGAGAAAUGGCAGACAAACUUCUUCUCACAACUCCUUCUAAGAAAUUUACUUGCCAAGGGUCUGUGGAUGUUAAUAUUCUUGCAAAGUGUAAUCCCUGUUUAUCCAAUCCAUGUAAAAAUGAUGGAACCUGCAAUAAUGAUCCAGUUGACUUCUACAGAUGUACAUGCCCGUAUGGUUUCAAGGGUCAAGACUGUGAUAUUCCCAUUCAUGCUUGCAUUAGUAACCCGUGCCACCAUGGUGGAACUUGUCAUUUGAAAGAAGGAGAAAAAGAUGGAUUCUGGUGCACUUGUGCAGAUGGAUUUGAAGGUGAAAACUGUGAAGUAAAUGUUGAUGACUGUGAAGACAAUGACUGUGAAAACAAUUCUACUUGUGUGGAUGGAAUUAAUAACUAUACUUGCCUUUGUCCACCUGAAUAUACAGCUGCUAAUCUGAAUGAAGUGGAAAAAGAACAGAUUAUAGAUAAUUAUGGUACAUUAACAAAUGCAAAAAAUGGAGAGUCAUAUUUAAGGAAAAAUAGAAAACAAGUUUUCAUUUUUGGAUAAUUGGAAUUGUAUUGACAUGCAGUGAUAUUAACAGGUUUUUUUCAGGUGAACUCUGUGAGGAGAAAUUAGAUUUCUGUGCCCAAAACCUCAAUCCUUGCC